GGCUCGAGGCACGCUCUCUUUAAGUCUGCGAAAGGCGCAGCGAGAGGUGCGUGAGCGCUCGCGGACAUCCCAGCCAAGCGGACCUCGCAGCCGGCGUUCUGAAGCGUGCAUUUAAUGCAGAUCGGCUUUCCGAAAAACAAUAAUAGCAAUAAUAGCUGUCAUUCAAGUGUCAAGUGCCGAACAGAACAGAAUAAUGCUUGUGUCCGUGGUCUGUGCGUCGUUCGUUCUUAUUCCUUGGCUGUGCGAUGCUAGAAUCAGUACGCAGUAUGUCAUCGGAUGUCCUGAGCGAUGCGACAAAUCGCUGUGUCCUCCGAUACCCGCAGACUGCCUCGCCGGGGACAUCCUCGACCAGUGCGACUGCUGUCCGGUGUGCGCCUCCGGCGAGGGAGAGGCGUGCGGCGGUACGGGAAGACUCGGUGACCCGCAGUGCGCCGAAGGGCUGGAGUGUUCGUUUGCAGACGGGGUCGGCUACACCGCCACCGUGAGAAGACGGGGGAAAAGCGGCGUGUGUGUGUGCAAAAGCACCGAGCCCGUGUGCGGCAGUGACGGCGUGUCCUACCGUGACGUCUGCGAGCUGAAGAGAGUGAGCAGCCGUGCCCAGAAACUUCAGCAGCCGCCCAUCCUCUUUAUUCAGAGAGGAGCCUGCGGAAAAGGCCAUGAGGGGAGUCCGGACAGUCUGCGCCACAAAUACAACUUCAUCGCCGACGUGGUGGAGAAGAUCGCCCCGGCCGUGGUCCACAUCGAGCUCUACCGCAAGAUGGUGUUCACCAAGCGCGAGGUGGCGGUGGCCAGCGGCUCGGGCUUCAUCGUGUCCGAGGACGGUCUCAUCGUCACCAACGCCCACGUGGUCGCCAACAAGCACCGCGUCAAGGUGGAGCUCAAGCCUGGCGACACCUUCGACGCCAAGAUCAAAGACGUGGACGAGAAGGCCGACAUCGCCCUCAUCAAGAUCGACACUCCGAUGAAGCUCCCCGUGCUGUUGCUGGGCAACUCCGCCGACCUACGGCCUGGCGAAUUCGUGGUGGCCAUCGGCAGUCCGUUCUCCCUGCAGAACACCGUGACCACGGGCAUCGUCAGCACAACCCAACGUGGCGGCAAGGAACUCGGCCUUCGCAAUUCCGACAUGGACUACAUCCAGACAGACGCCAUCAUCAAUGUGAGACAUGAGCCUCGCCAGCCAAACCGCCCCAUUUACUGCAGCUAUGUACUGGCAAAAAUGAUAUUUCUUCUUUUCUCCUUUCAGUAUGGGAACUCCGGAGGGCCUCUGGUGAACCUGGAUGGAGAGGUUAUAGGAAUCAACACUCUGAAGGUGACAGCUGGGAUCUCCUUUGCCAUUCCUUCUGACAAGAUCCGCCAGUUCCUCACCGAGUCUCACGAGCGACAGGCCAAAGGAAAAAUGGCUCCAAAAAAGAAGUACAUUGGCGUGAGAAUGAUGUCCCUCACCACAACCCUGGCUAAGGAGCUCAAGGAAAGGGAUCCUGACUUCCCAGAUGUCACCUCCGGCGCAUACAUCAUCGAGGUCAUUCCCAAAACUCCGGCCGAAGUAGCCGGGCUCAAGGAGAGUGAUGUCAUCAUCAGUAUCAACAGCCAGCGAAUCACCUCAGCGAGUGACGUCAGCGCGACCAUAAAGAAGGAUGACACGCUUCGGACCGUGGUCCGCCGGGGAAACGAGGACAUCAUCCUCACCAUUGUCCCUGAGGAAAUCGACCCUUGACCACCCUACCCCACCCUACCCCACCCCCAAACACACACACACCCCUGACCUCCUGCUUAACCAUGAGCUAGUUCUUAAAAGAACACAGACUUUUACAGUGUGUGACUGAAGGCACACUGGUUAUAGCUCUUGUAGUAGCACGAAUCUCUCCGUCUUUAAACUUUAAAGACUACCGUUCUAAACUGUUCUGCCCUCUAAAACACUCCUCCUUCCCCUGUUCCAUGUCUUCUUGCUUUCAAUAGUUCACUGUUAGUUGCAGCCUGUCAUUAAUCAAUUGUUAUUAUGUCUGAAGUGAAACCACUCGAUUGCAGAUGCAUGCAACAGCUAAAAAUAGUGUCUGGGCUUUGGAGUGGAACAUAUCAACUCUAGGCGUGUUUGUUUUUCUUCUUUGUGUGUACAUCAGAAAG